AUGGGGGCCGUUACAUUUUUCGUCAACUGGGAGCUUUGGCAGCAGAUGACCUUUGUCCUCGGAUGCGCCAUCGUUCUAGUAUUUUUUGCGGGCCUGUGCAAACUGUGGUAUAUGAACAGGUUCACCAGGAAGCACAUACUUCUCGAUGAGGAGAAGAAGACAAGGAUUUCGGAGAUGCAAAGCAGCGGCCUUCCGGUUAUGAAACGGGCAGACAUCCCCUUCGGCGUCCGGGCGAUACAAAGUGGUAUCGAGGUGGAUGGGAUCUGGAUUUCGAGACCAGGAACACCUGACUCGCAAAGCCCUCUCGCGGCACCAUCCUCUAUGGCAUUCCCACCUGUCAAUCAGCCCAAGGGGAAGGAGAGGGCAGUGGUAUAUGGAUCUGCUGCAACAACAUUGUCAGUCGCUGAACCACGAAGCACGAUCCCAAGCCCAACCGGAAGCACCUUUGAACGUAGCAGUGCAGCCAAUUUGAAUGGAGCACCGCACAAGUCGCCUCAACUAGGCCCGCAAAAUACCUACAAACCCAAGCACAGCCGUCCCCAGUCUCUCACCCAACUUAAUGACACUGUUCACGAUGACACUUUGAGGCAGCUGGAAGGAUCCUACGAAGGCCCCAUCCUCCAGACCUAUAUUCCUACAACAUCGUUUUCGAUCAGGUACCCUGGGGCGGCGGCGGUGGCUCAACAGCCUACAGAGGGAGAUCGCAAUUCCAUUUCCUCCGAAGAAGGAUUAACCAACAUGCGCCAGAACCCCCGCCGAAAGAGUCCGUUUCCCGACGUAAUGCGCGCGCCAACGAAUGAACCAGCAGUAUAUUACCCGGAGCGAGACUCGUCCGACGGUAGUCAGAGAGACCCAUUUGCGACUCCCGAACCCCGCGACAGAUCUAGCAGUGGCGCAUCGAGACAAUUUGUUUACCAGGCCCAAAGUACACAUGAAGCCGCGGCCCAACACGUCAUGCCAGAACACAUUGCGCGACCUCCUAAGCGAUCUUACUCUGGUGAUAUUCAAGGCGCUCGAACUUCGAGGCGCGUCAACGCUGGAUUUGAAGUGAUGCCGGGUCGGAUGGGGGAACACUUCGACUUUUCGGCACACAAUGGCAACCACGUUGACCUGGAGAGCGGCGACUCAAGUGAAAGGCGCAACAGAACCUCUCGAACAUUAGUCAACAAACUCCAUAAGAAGAAUGGUCGAUCAGGGAGCAAUGGAUCUUGA